AAGAAUGGCAGACCAAAAAGUUCUAUCGUCGAAAGAUAUUUUUGCAUUGGAGGACAAAUUUGGAUGCAGAAAUUAUGCUCCUGUGCCGGUGGCGCUCUCAAGAGGCGAAGGUGUGUUCGUGUGGGAUGUGGAAGGGAAGAAAUACUACGACUUCUUGAGCGCAUACUCGGCAGUCAACCAGGGGCACUGCCAUCCUCGCAUCGUUGAGGCCCUGAAGAAACAAGCUGACAAAUUAACGCUCGUUUCUAGGGCGUUCUACUCGGAUCAACUGGGCACUUACGAGAAGUUCAUGACCUCCCUUUUAGGGUACGACAGGCUGCUACCGAUGAACACUGGCGUGGAGGGCGGUGAAAGCGCCUGCAAGAUCGCGCGCAAGUGGGGCUAUGAUGUCAAGAAGAUCCCUUACGGACAGGCAAAGAUAAUAUUCGCGGACGGCAACUUUUGGGGGCGCACAUUAUCAGCAAUAUCGUCAUCGACGGACCCCUCCUGUUACCAGGGAUUCGGACCGCAUAUGCCCGGCUUUAAGACAAUACCCUACAACGACAUUCCAGCGUUAGAGAAAGAGUUGCAAGACCCCACAGUGGCCGCGUUCAUGGUGGAGCCGAUACAGGGCGAGGCGGGCGUGGUGAUCCCCGACGACGGAUAUCUUAGGAAGGUGCGCGAACUGUGCACCAAGUACAACGUCCUAUGGAUAUCGGAUGAAGUACAGACCGGAUUAGGUCGCACGGGCAAAUUACUGGCAGUGCAGCACGACGGAGUAAAGCCGGACAUAGUAAUAUUGGGCAAGGCGCUGAGCGGAGGCGUUCUGCCCGUGUCCGCUGUGCUUGCCAAUGAAGACGUCAUGGGCGUAAUCACACCGGGUACGCACGGGUCGACUUACGGCGGAAAUCCUUUGGCUUGUGCCGUCGCUACAGAAGCUAUUAAGGUGUUAUUAGAAGAAAAUUUGUGCGAGAAGGCGGCGAAGUUGGAAGCGGUUCUGCGCGAGGAAUUGGGCAAGAUCCCCAAGGACAAGGUUACCGAGGUGCGCGGUAGGGGACUCAUGUUCGCCAUGGUCGUCCACGACAGUAUUCCCGCAUACGAUGUAGUGAUGCGGUUACGGGACGCCGGGUUGCUGACCAAGACGACACACGGGCAGAUUAUCCGCCUGGCACCGCCGCUUGUCAUCACCGAGCAGCAGCUGCGCGACGGCGCCGCCAUCAUCAGGAAGGUGUUCCAGAGCUUCGACAAAUAA